UGCAUGUUUCGAUUGACAGCGCCUUUAUAGUCUCAAAAUGUGUAUAAUAUAAUAUAAUAUAUCCUUUAUUGUAUAGGCCGAAUUAGAAACAUUACAUAGUUAUAACCGGUGAUAUGUCAACGGUACCCAAUAGCGCUCUGCCCAAUAGCAUUAUGGCUGGCAUAUUACCAACAAACUAUUCUAGUCGAACAAGAAGAAUUCCUAUUGGUUGCUUUGACCAGAAGAGUCACUGCAACUCACUUCCUUAGUUGGGUGUAAAUCGGUCGUUCAUGUUUCUUGCUUCAUUGUUAAAUGUAUAAUGCUGGUGAGUUAUUUCGAAACUAUUUUGUGGAAUUGCGAAUGAUAAGAUGAUAUACAUUGAUUUUUUUUGUGCAUUAUAAAUGUCAAGGCAACAUUCGAGUCCUAAGUCUCCACGUGCAACUCAUCAAAUAUAAUGCUUAGUAAUUCCCUGCAGAAAAAAAGACAUAAAAAAGACGCUCAUCCUAUCAGUCAUUGGAUAUAUCUGUGGAUGUGAAUUGAUCCAUUGAUCCUUGUUCUAUCAAACAUGGAUGCAAAAGGGGAAGAAAAACUGGGAACUGGAUUGACAGAUGUCAUAAGACUUCUGCUGGACUUGCCAAAUGAACGGUUGUUGAGCCUGACAUACCAGCUGGGCAAAACCCCCGAGGAGGUCCUAGUGCGCGCCCUGAGCCUCCUCUUCCUCCACAAAGAGACGCAGGGCCUGGACCAACUCCAGGCGCUACAAGACAACUCCUUGGCAAACCAUCUGGCUGAGAAGUGGCACACGGCUGGGGGCCAAUUGGAGGAUUUCAGAGAGCAAUGUGGUCAUCUUGACAAUCUUGCGGCAGGAGAAGAGACACCUUUACACCUCGCACGCAUGUUUGAAGUAUUGUCUAAGGAAAGGCUGUGUGACCCACAUCUGAGAGAUCUUGCAUAUUCGAGAGCGGUUUCCGUUUACGGUGAAAAAAACAUUGAUUCUAAAGUCCAACUCUUGAUAGAAGAGGCUAAGUAUCCCUAUGGGCCUCAGUUUGCAGAGAAAAUGUCAAUGCGAAUGCAUCCUCCAUCUGUGGGUGGAGCAGACGAAGAGAGUAGAGCUUUGUCCCUGACCCAAGGUAAAUCAGACAGCAAUCUCAGCAUGCCUUGCUCGCUAAAGGCUAGCUCUUCCUUUGACUCGUAUCCUACGCAUCUAGAGAUAAGUUUAGCUACAACAGGGGUGCUUAUUAGCGACCAAAUCACACCAGUAGCGUCACAGCCCUCCCAUUCAAAACCUCAGAGUUUGGCAGAAGAUGAAUUAGAAAAGAAUGCACCUGGCUCAUAUCUUUCAUCCAAUUCAUCGGAGGCAUCGUCUAUGCUUACAUCAGAGAAUAGCUCGAAUGGCUCCCCUUGCAGCAUUGCAACAACAGACGUCAAUUCCCCUCAAGAAGACGAGAAACAAACCACAACCACACCAUCCAUCCAUUCCAAAUCACCACCUGCUGCGCCUAAAAGUCCUUCCCCCAAAUUCGCUGUUCCAAAAAAGACUGAUACAGGCAAAAAAACAGAAGAAGAAGAAGAAGAAGAAGAAGUGGAUACAUUCUAUGCCUUUGUGAUCCUGCAUGCAGCUGAGGACGUCAACAUGGCGGAGGCCAUGAGGGAAAGAGUGGAGUCCCUCUGGGGGGGCACCCUGGUGGGGGCCACGUUCUCCGAGGACUUUGCCGUCCCGGGCAGAAGCACCAUGAAGUGCAUCGACGACGCCAUCGAGAACUCUGCCUUCACCAUCCUGCUGCUCACCAACCACUUCGUCAGGAACCGGCGGUUCCAGGUGGAGGCCGAGGCGGCGCUCAUCCACUCCAUAGAGCACAGGCUGAAGAACCACACCGUCAUCCCCCUGCUGCCGCGGGACAACGGCAUGGCCAAGGCCGCCCUGCCCAUGGUGCUGAAGACACUGAUUCUUCUGGAGGAGAACAGCAGCUUCGACAAGAAAAUCAGACGGGUCCUGUCUGCGGAGAGGCUCCGAACGCAGGAGAGCGUGUGGUCCAAAGCGCAGGAGGUGAAGAAGGAGCUGAGGAGACAGGAGCGAAUGAAAGAGGCAAACAAGCACCGCAAGCUACUCUGCGACAUGUAUGCGGCAACUGCCAAAGAGCAGCUUGAGGGUUUCAGGGUUCUCGUGGAGAAAGGCGGUGCUUCCCCGUUCCCAUUACCUGUUCCUGGGUGGCAGCAGCCGCAAAACAUUACCGUUGCCCAUGCAAAUUACGUAAUAGUUGGUAAUGACUCCACAAUGACUGUGGAUCAUGGAGAUUCAAUCACAAACUAUGUUGAUAAGGAUGAAGACAAUUGAUAAAGGGGGAUUGAUUACAUUGCAGGUGUUCGAUUUUGUUUUUAAAUUCCUUGGUCUACAAUGAUUGUUGAAUGUAUCUGUGUAGAAUUGUUUUAAUAGUACAACGAUGUUAUUAUGUCUUAAGAACACUAAAUGAUCACAACUGUUCUGACCACUAAGGCCUUUGCUGUAGGUUUCACAACAGACAUUUAUUUAAAAUUCCACACAAUGCAAACUGGGCCGAUACAUAUUUAGCUCAGGUCUGCCAUCUUCUGGCAAAAAGCAAUUACGACAUCCAUUGGCUGUAUAGACACAACAUGGGCACUAGGGAGCAAUGUUGUUGCAUACUUAUAGACCCUCAAUGCUCUCAUAAUGCUAUGUCAUCUUGUCCCGUCACCAUUAAGAUUCCUAAUAUGUAUAUCCGUUCAUCUGCGUGUUUGCUCAAAUGACAAAUCUACCCUUUACUUAGUUGGUUUAUGGGCUCUUGUUUAUCUGAAUUUUGCAUCUGAUUGUCCAGGAAGAUUAAAAAAACAACAGCAGUGUUCUAUUAGCUUAUCUAUCUGUGCCCAUUCAAAUCGCUUCUAAUUUUGUGUAAGUUGUAAUCACACUACGGUUUGUUAAUGAAUGCAUGCAUUUAGAACCACUAGAAUAAUGAACUUUACGGUCAAAUAUACAGAAAAGAUUGAUAGGUGUGAGUGCAUAUGAUCGAGCGUGCAUUGAUAGUGGAGGGGGAUUCAAUCACUUAUGUAAACUUUAACGCACCCAUGUUUUUGUGGGUUUUGGCUUUCCCCGUUUGGGUUUUCCUCUCCGGACCUUUAUUUUUUGGACUACCGGUACUUCCCUGACCAAUGUCGGGCUUGAUAUGUUUUUGUUGUUGCAAUAAACCUUUUGUUUACUUCGGAAA